AUGGGUUUAGGGAUUAGGGUUGAAGUACUUCACAAGGAAAAAAUUCCACCUUCCUCUCCAACUCCCCAACACCUCAAAACUACAAACCUCUCUGUCUUUGAUCAGCUUAUUCCAGAUGUUUAUGUCCCAAUACUUCUCUUCUAUCCCAACAAUACUAAUAGUGACCAUGAUAUUGAUGAAAUAUGUGAGCUUCUAAAAACAUCAUUAUCUGAAACCCUCACUCACUUCUAUCCCUUUGCAGGAAAGUACCAAUGCAAUGAUUCAAUCCGUUGCAAUGACCACGGGGCUGCAUUUCUUGAGGCCCAAGUCAACUGGCCCAUGUCAAAGAUUUUGGAGAAACCAGAUUUUGGGAUGCUAAAACAAUUGCUUCCAGCUGAUAUGGGAUCCAGACUAGCAGACCCAAGCUAUCUUGUACAAGUCCAGGCCAACUUCUUCGAAUGUGGUGGAAUGGCAAUCGGAGUCUGCAUUAGUCAUAAGGUUGCUGAUGCGUCUACGAUCAGCAAAUUCAUUACUAGCUGGGCUGCAGCUUCCCUGGGCUCAGUCAGUACUACUGAUCAAGUAGUAAUUCCUGCAGCAGAUUUUGGUGCUGCAGCUUCUCUUCUCCCACCACUAGGUUUUCUCAACUCACCUCUACCCACAGUGGAAUUUGCUAAAGAAAAGUGGACAACAAGAAGAAUUGUGUUUGAUGCCUCAAAGAUUGCUGCUCUCAAGUGUAAAGCUGCCACCGCCAUCCUGCCAAAGCCUACACGUGUUGAAGUAUUGUCCGCGCUCAUUUGGAAGUGUGCCACUGAAUCAUCACGAUCCAAAUUGGGUUCUAUAAGGCCAUCAGCGUGGCUUCCAUUCGUGAACAUGCGGAAAGUAUUGGUGCAGCCCUUAGCAGAAAAAUUUGAGGGGAAUUUUUUCGGCGUCUUCGCAGCAAAAACCGAAGUAAGUGAAGAUGAUAAUGAUGAAGAUGUUCAAAGGUUGGCUGCUAAACUCAGAAAAGGCAUUGAGGAGUUUAAAGUGAGAUAUUCUAAUGGUGUUAGCGGGGAUGAUCCAUGUGAAUUCUUCCAAGAGUUUGGGAGCCUCAUGGAUGGGAGUGAUGGGGACGCCUACAGUUGCAGCAGUUGGUGCAGGUUUCCUUUCUACACAGUCGAUUUCGGAUGGGGAAAGCCAUUGUGGGUGACUCAGUGUAUGGAAUUCAAGAAUAUGAUUGUGUUGACAGAUACAAGAGAUGGGGAUGGCGUAGAAGCGUCCUUGACUUUGAAUGAAGAAGUCAUGGCUAUAUUUGAAAGCAAUAAGGAACUGCUUGCAUAUGCUUCUCUGAAUCCGUCUGUCAUUUAAUUAGUACCAAAAAGGAAAAUUAAAUAACAAAAGGCCUCCUCCUUGUGAUUCUUAGAUGAACAUUAUUGCUGGAGC